CUUUGCUGCAAGGGAAGUGAGCGUCGCUGUUCUCGCGUCUUCGCUCUCUGUCCGUUGCAUGAGAAGAUCCUAAGAUUCAUACCCCUCUCUCCUGCCAAGAGAGAUUUCACAUAUUUAAAUGAAUUUGAUGGUGUAAUAAACGUUACUUUUUACUCUUAAAUUGAUUUAGUUUUUUGCGGAAGAAACUGCUGUCUCACAAUCAACUCGUCCUCAGAUGGUUCAGAUUACCAGCGGGCAGUAACGGUACACCUGCACUGAACAAGAACAACCGUUUACUAAGACCGCUCCAAAUUCCUGAAGACUUCGCUGACGUCGACGCGGCUUAGGCUACCUUAGCCCCGAAGGCCCAGGAUGUGGGGAGCAGGCUGUGUGUCUGGACUGCAGGUUCUGCUUGCUCUCUUCCUGUUCCACUUGCUGGGUCAUGGCUUGAGCAGGGCAGAGACGCUGGUGAACAUGCGCAAAGUUACCCACCAGGCCGUGCGGGAGCAGCUGGCCGCCACCGCCUUCCUGCCCUGCGUCUUCACCCUGCGCCCCAGCCCGUCGCACGAGCCGCCCCGCAUCAAGUGGACCAAGGUGUGGGGGCAGAGGGGCCCGGGCGGGACCCAGCGAGAGCAGUCCGUGCUCGUCGCCAAGGACAACGUGGUUAAGGUGAAAAAGGCCUUCCAGGGCCGCGUGACCCUGCCCGGUUACCAGGACAACCGCUACAACGCCACCCUGGCGCUGACGGGCCUGCGUUCCAGCGACACCGGGAUGUACCGCUGCGAGGUGGUGGUGGGCCUGAACGACGAGCAGGACACUGUGCCGCUGGAGGUGACAGGUGUGGUGUUCCACUACCGCGCUCCGCACGACCGCUACGCGCUUUCCUUCGCCGACGCCCGGCGCGUCUGCCUGGAGAACUCCGCCCACAUCGCCACGCCCGCCCAGCUUCAGGCCACGUUUGACGACGGCUACGACAACUGCGACGCCGGAUGGCUCUCUGACCAGACAGUCAGGUACCCAAUCCAGUUGCCAAGGCCUGGUUGCUAUGGAGACAGAGAGGACUCACCUGGUGUGAGGAACUACGGCAACAGGGCCCCCGACGAGCUGUUUGAUGUCUACUGCUUUGCACAGAAACUGCAAGGCGAGGUGUUCCACUCCACGUUGCCGGAGAAGCUGAGCCUGGCCUCAGCCUCCACCCACUGCCACUCCCUGGGAGGCCAGCUGUCCACGGUGGGGCAGCUGUACCUGGCCUGGCAAGCCGGGCUGGACCAAUGCGACCCGGGCUGGCUGGCCGACGGCAGCGUGCGCUACCCCAUCAACCAGCCCCGACGGAACUGCGGCGGGGACGAGCCGGGCGUCCGCACGCUCUACCACAACCCCAACCGCACCGGCUUCCCUGACACCACCGCCCUCUUCGACGCCUACUGUUUUAGAGGGAACGAGGCAGGAAGUCAGGUGAUGGAAGCCGUAGGGUUCCUGCAGUCCGGGGGCUCUGGGUCCAACGGCACAGAUGCCGGGCCCAUCCCGGGCCUCGAUUCCAGCGACGCCUCAAAGCGGCCCGCCCCCCAGCCGUCCACCUGGACCGGCCUGGUGGACCUGGAGAAGGAAGGGAUCAACUCCAUCGUGGGCAUCGAGUCCUCGGAGAUCUCGGAGGAGCACGUGGUGAUCCACCUCAGGCCCGCCGAGGCGUCCGUGCGCUGGGCCGAGCCGCGGAGACCGGCCUACGGCGGGCUCCAGGAGGCCGCUGCCCCCAAACUCGCCACCCUCAUGAGUCUCUCGUCUCUGGAGAACCUGGAGAACCAGGGGGGCUCCGCCAGAGAGGAGGAGGCAGACGAGGAUCAGGACGUGGACGGACGUACGGAGCCUUCCUCUCCUCUGCGGUCCGCUGCCUCCUCUCCCGCCCCGCAGCCUCAGACCAGCAACGGCAUCUUCUCCAACUUCGUCAACUCCAUCAUGAGGCCCUGGAGAUACCUGACCGGCUCCGAGGCGGAGGUCCCCGCUGCACCGACCGGCCCGCCCAGGAAGAGCUCGGUGGAGAUGCAGAAACCUGCGGGGUCGGGAAAGGGAAUUCCAGGUGGAGGAAAGAUGGAGGGGAGCAACAGGAGCACCAAUAACGACAUCAUGGAGCACUUUGAUGCAAAGGCUCCACUCAGGUCAUCGGGUGGUGGCCCCCCAGGUCCAAAUCAGGAACUCCCAGAGCGAGUGAGGAAGAUCUUUCAGGAAGCAAGGAGCAGCAAUGCUACAAAGACCAGCGCGAUGAAUCCCAAUGGACAUCCAACCAGCUCACCUGCGUCGCUUAACACAGUCUCUUCAGGCGGAUUAAUUGCGUCGGGACGUACAGAGAUGGCGAAUCCCACCGUAGCUGGUAAUGAAUCAUCAGGUUCCUCGGGUGCCAGGAUUGUGCCAGUUUCACCCCCGGCGCCAGGCAGCCAGGACGAAUGGGCGCUGGGGCCCGUGAAGGGGCCCGAGCUCGGUUCGGCCCGUACCGCGGGGGAGCGCGCGGCCGCCUCGCGGGGCGCGCAGGGGAGCGAGCCCGGGGCAGGGGCCGGCGGCGCGAGCGGCGGCUCCCGGGCCUCCUACCCCCCGCUGGACGGCGCGGCGGACACGUCGGGAGAACCGCCGGCUCUCAUGGAGGAGCUCUCUGCGCGCGGCGGCCCAGCGCGGGGCCACCCCAAGGCCGCGGAGGCCAAGGCCGGCGCCGUGGAGCUCCUGCUGGUGCCGGAGAACUACUCCGGGGAGGGGAGGGACCAAGAGGAGGGCCGCAGCUACCCGCCCCCCAAAGGGUCCCCUUCGGACGGGCCGUCCGAAAGGUCGGCCCCGGAGGUGGAGAAAGAGGCGGAGGGCAGCGGGGGGCGGGACCCUCUGGGCAGGCUGAGCUCUGGCGCUCGGGGUGGCGGCUCGUCCUUCUCCUCAAAAGAUCCCGUCGGCGGCAGACCCGCGGCCGACCGCGCGCCGGAGCAGCUCAGCACUGUCAGGCAGUGGCAGCUGGAGGACCGGCCCACCACGCCGCCAGGCGGGGGCGCUGUCCCGGCGCAGUCGGGGCGAAACGCCGUCGAGGCCAGAGGCCAAAUCCUCUACGCCCGCCGCCCCGCUGGCAAACUGGGCCAGGACCGGUACCUGGCACCCGUAGCUGGCACCCGCCAACCAGAUGUGGGCACCACACCCAGCGCGUGGCUCAACUCAGGGGCAGCCCUUCCUAUAGAGCCGCUGUCCACCGCCCAAACCUCAACGGCGGACUCGGCGAAGGAAGGGGAGUCUGUGAGGAAGAGUCCGGUCCAGCCGGCCGGUCUUCCUUCAGACAACGACAUCGAGUCCACGGAGGAGUGCGCCAUUUCCAUCUCCUGGCUGCCCGUAGAGAGAGCCGGGCCCCCGGGCACGGUCGAGCCAGCGCAGUACGGCUCGGACGCGUCCCUGACGCGCGGGGGAUCCCAGGCCAGCUCCGUCUCAGCACGCCCGACGCUGCAGGCCUCGGGCCCUGGGGAAGCAGCGCAAGGGGGCGGGUCCAGAUCGACCGUGCCCCAGUCCUCCAGUGUCCCAGGGGGCCGAGGCACCGGGAGCAAUGGCACCCUCAACUCUGGAGCGGAGGACAACCCCUGCCACACCAACCCCUGUCUGCACGGAGGGAGCUGUCUGCAGGAAGGGAGGGGCUACAGCUGCUACUGCCCACCGGGGUACUCCGGGGAGAGCUGCGAGAUCGACAUCGACGACUGCCAGUCGAAUCCGUGUCAAAAUGGAGGAACCUGCAUCGACGAGAUAGACUCCUUCGUCUGCUUGUGCCUGCCAAGCUAUGGUGGGGCGACAUGUGAGAAAGACACAGAGGGCUGUGAGCACAACUGGAGGAAGUUCCACGGGCACUGCUACCGGUUCUUCACCCACCGGCACACCUGGGAGGACGCGGAGAAGGACUGCCGCGAGCAGAGCGGCCACCUGGCCAGCAUCCACUCGCCCGAGGAGCAGGACUUCAUCAACGGUCUGAGCCACGAGAACACCUGGAUUGGGCUGAAUGACCGCACAGUGGAGGAGGAUUUCCAGUGGACUGACAACAUGGCACAGCAAUACGAGAACUGGCGGGAGAACCAGCCGGACAACUUCUUUGCGGGCGGCGAGGACUGCGUGGUGAUGAUCGCGCGCGAGAAGGGCAAGUGGAACGACGUGCCCUGCAACUACAACCUGCCCUACAUCUGCAAGAAGGGCACAGUGUUGUGUGGGACGCCCCCCUCUGUGGACAACGCUUUCCUGAUUGGCCGGAAGAGGUCCCACUAUGACAUCCACUCUGUGGUGCGCUACCAGUGCGCCGACGGGUUCCUCCAGCGCCACGUGCCCACGGCCAGGUGCCGCGCCAACGGGAAGUGGGACCGCCCCAAGAUCAUCUGCACAAAGAGCCGGAGAUCUCACCGUUACCGCCGCCAUCACCACAAGGCCCGGCGGGAGCGCAGGAAGCACAAGAAGCACGGAGCGGGAGGCCACCGGGGCGGAGACCAGGAGCACGGCCACUUCUGAACCAAAAAUGCCCUCGCCGCCCACACCCCACCUCCACCCCUCCCCACCCAGCCCCGACCCACCCCCUCUCCUGCUCCCAGCCCCGACCCACCCCCUCUCCUGCUCCCAGCCCCUCAUCCUGGCUCCGGGGAGUCAGGCCGAAUCAUACUCAAACCUGAGGCUUGGGAGAGCACCGCUAGGCCUCACAGGGACAAUAACAAACACUUUAUACACCCCCCCUCCUCCUUCAUUCCGUCUGUCACAACUCCUUUUGCUAAUUCAGCUCAGACCAGGGCUGCCCAGUCCCGUUCCUGGAGAUCUAUUGUCCUGUAGGUUUUUACUCAAACCCUAACAAAGCACACCUCAUUCACCAGCAAGACAUCUUCUGGAGCUGCUAAUUAGUAGAAUUAGAUGUGGCAAAUUAGGGUUGAAACGAAAGCCUGUGGGACUGUGGAUCUCCAGUAACAGGAUUUGGCAGCCCCGGCCUAGACCCUGGUUUACAGACCUGUUUCUCCUUUACUUAUUGUUCAGCUUGUUCUGUUUCAUUUUGGGUUUUUGUUUUUCUUAAUUGUUGAGGGUUGGAUUUAGUAAAGCUAACUGUAAAUAUCCCCGUUCGUUAAUGCCGUGAACAAAUAAGAGUGAUUGGGAAAUACAUGGUUUUUCACA